CCGAGUAAAGCGCGUUGCAUCAUUUCUCUUCAUACACAUCUAAUAUGCGGGAGUCAUUUAUAUUAAUUAUCCUACCUCUCCUCGCUAUAGCAGCCAGAAGCUCAAAUGUAGACAGGGACAGCUUCAAUUUAUAUAAAGAUCGUAUGCGUGCGCGAACUAGAGAUGCUGUGAUGGUAGAGCCAGUUGUAUCGGACUAUUCUGAUCCCUAUGCGACAUUACAAGGAUUGGAAUAUUUAAACGUGCCAAUAUGGCUACCACAAUACAGAAAAAGAAACGUCCAGAAGCGCAACAUGAAAUACUUGGUGCCACUAGACGGAAGGCUGGACAAACGAACAUCAAAAGCGGCAUUGUCUCUCAUGCUACAAAGCAAACAGGACCCUGACCAUACGGAAGAAGAGCACAGUUGUUACGCUGGGAAAUAGACGAAAAAGACACUUUAAUUGUUACCUUCUCAUUUCAUAUAUGCGAAAUUAGAAAAUAUGUUAUAAAUUUUAAAUAACAGUGCAAAUAGUGUAACUAAAAACUUUGUAAUAGCAAAUAAAAACUGUAAAG